CAGAAGUAGGCGUUAAGACUGACGUGCCUGCCUGAUAGUAAUACUGAAGACGUGUUCCCCAGUCAGUUUGGUCACCAAAAGUUAUUUCAGCAUCCACCAAGAUGGGAAUCCGAAAAAAGAACAGUAAGAACCCUCCGGUGCUCAGCCAUGAGUUCGUGAUCCAGAACCAUGCAGAUAUUGUAUCUUGUGUUGCUAUGGUUUUCCUGCUGGGUCUGAUGUUCGAGAUUACAUCAAAAGUAGCGGUUUUGUUUAUAACUGUGCAAUACAAUGUCACCAUUCCAGCAAAUGGGGGUCCAGAAGAAGCAGUUGUGAAUUACUUCCACUAUGGUCUUAAAGAUAUUGCCACUGUCUUCUUCUACAUGCUGGUGGCCAUCAUCAUGCAUGCCAUUAUUCAGGAAUAUGUGCUGGAUAAAAUCAACAGAAAGAUGCACUUCUCCAAAACCAAGCACAGCAAGUUCAAUGAGUCCGGUCAGCUGAGUGCCUUCUACCUCUUCUCCUGCUUGUGGGGAGCCAGUAUUCUUGUCUCUGAGAACCUCCUGUCCAACCCUGUCAGUCUGUGGGAUGGCUACCCGCACGUUCUCAUGCCGUUCCAGAUGAAGUUCUACUACAUCUGUCAGCUCGGCUAUUGGCUCCAUGUUAUCCCAGAGCUCUACUUCCAGAAAGCCAAGAAAGAAGACAUUCCUCGUCAGCUUGUUUAUAUAAGCCUUUACUUGGUCCACAUUGCAGGAGCCUACAUUCUAAAUCUAAACCGGUUGGGCCUGGUUUUGCUGGUUUUGCAUUACUUUGUUGAACUCCUCUUCCAUGUAUCUAGACUGAUUUACUUCAGUAAUGAGGAAAGGCAAACUGGGUUUACAAUGUGGGCUGUUUUGUUUGUGCUGGGCCGGUUGUUGACUCUUUCCCUGUCUGUUCUCACUGUGGGCUUUGGGCUGGCUGGAGCAGAGAAACAGGGUCUGAACCUUGCAGAGGGAAGCUUUAAUGUGCUAUUUGUUCGGGUGACUGUACUGGCUGCAAUCUGCACCACUCAGGCUUUCAUGAUGUGGAAAUUUAUCAACUUCCAGCUGCGACGGUGGAGAGAACAAGCACAGACUCAAGUCAUAAAGAAGAAAUCAACGUCUUCUAAGAGCAAAUCGAAGAAAGCCAAUGGUGUGAACGGAUCUGCCAGCGGAGCAGAUUCCCCCAGAGCGAGGAAGAAGUCAUCAUAAACCAUCCCAAUCCCUCCACUUUCUUUCCUGACUCUGUAAUGUUCCAAAAAUGAUUUCUGUAUUUGUUUGAAGCUGCAAUCCGUAAAUCAAAUGACCGUGAUCCAGCCAUGCCUACAAAGAAAAUAUGAAAGCUGUGGGACAAUGUAACUUAUUUAAAAGUGCCUAACCAUACAUAAUUAUGACAACAGAGAGGGAUAAUCCAGUAUUUUAAUUCAAGUUUGAAAUCAGGGUUAUAUUUAAAGUUCUCCUGAAGGCUCACAGUUUUUGUUGAUUUGAUUUAUGCAUUUGGAAAGAUCUCUGCUUCAUUUGCAUUGUGGUAUAAAAGCUUUGUCCAUUUUUUUUUCUUUUUUCACACUUUUUUUUUCUUAUUAUGUUUUAUUUUUUAACAGAACGUUAAUUAAAUUAUUUGCACUGCACUGCCUAAUUGGUCAAGCCAAGCAAAUAGUUUAAUGUUCCACAAUAACUCAUUAUUUAGCAAAGAAACAAAAGCAUUGUACUUUUGUUGUGCCAAUAGAUUCUGCAUUUUAAUCCUGAACUCUGCACAGCUGACUUUGCUGUCUAGGUAAACACCUGUUAAAAAUGGCAAACCAUUAAGUGUAAAUCUGGUGAGAUUUUGAAACUAGGGUAAGAAUGUUCGAACAUUUCUCAGAUAAUUACAUCAGCAUGUUUUGUUUAAAGAAAAAUUAUAUAUACAUAAAGGUGGAAUUUCAAUAAAGAAAUAAGCAUCAACUCAUUUCUUUUACCUAUGAACAACCUAUUACAAAGAUAAGCAGUUGAUAAAUGUUUUGUUACUGUUAUGUUUUCCAUGUAUUUAUCCGUCCCCUUUGUAAUGCAUUAGUUGUGAGUCAGAUAUACCCUGUUGUUUCUGCAUUUGCAGUGUAAAAAAAAAAGGUCAAGACGUUUUCAAAAUGAGUUCUUCAAAGGUAGAAAUAUAAAUAGACUUU